ACAUUGAUUAGGUGCUUUACCGCUGUUCAUCGGUUGAAAACAAGGCCGAGGAGCAUAUUUUCUUUAUGGUCUGUGGCAUGUUUCACUCUGCUCGGCACUUUUCAGUUUCCUUCCUUCUCUGGCACCCACCAUCAGAGAGAGGGAGAGAGAAGGAUAUGAUAAAGCUUUACAAGGGAGCCCCUUUAAAGAACAUGGAAAGAGAGAGAGAGAGAAUUGAUCUGUCUGGGCAAACCAAUUCGGCUUUCAUCUUCUGUGAUUAAAACCUCAGAUUUGCCCUUUCAUUUCUCCUGUUCUCUUUUCUUUUGUUAUUGUAGUUACACAGUCCAGCCGAUCUUCUUUUUUGUCUCUCCCAUCUUCACCAUUUCGACAAAUUCUUCCUGUUCCUCUACCGAGACGUCACUUCCUUCAACUGCCAAACUCCCAUAUCUCGGUCGAGAGAUUGAUCAUUUAUUCCAAAUUCCUCGCUUCGUUUCCGCUCCGUUUCUUUGUAUAUGAUUUUCAAAAAUUCUCCAGUCUUCCUGAAUUGCUUUUGCUGAGACAUGAUGUCUUUCAACCUCAUUUCUUCUUUGAAAAUUUUAAGCUCUCUAAACUGAAAAGUUUCUAGUUUCGGCACCAUUCAUGGCACUCGAAAUCGUUUCUGAUAAUUCCGGCUGGACUUUUAGCCCCCGGAUCUCGUUCUCGAGCGAUCUUUCGCAAACUGAUCGCAUCGGUGAUCACCGAGAAGACUCCUCCCUCCUGCAAUCAUCCUCAUGUGACUUCCAUUUCUGCAUUCCCGAGCAAAAUUACUCCUCCCCAGCUGAUCAGCUCUUCUACAACGGAAAGAUCCUCCCUCUUGCAGCCAUCAGCGCACCUCUUGCCUCCGUUCCACCCCGGAGUUCAAGAUCAGGGAGCCUGAAAGAGAUAUUAGAUAGUGAGAAGCAGCCGACUCCGGCACCUGCGGCAUCCAAAUCCUUCUGGGGAUUCCGCAGAAGCAACAGCCUGAAUUGCAGGAGCAUCACGAAGUCUGGCUUGCUCUCUUCUCUGAACAAGAUGACAAGAAGCAAAUCAAUGGGGUCGAACACGAAGGAGGCGACGCUGCCCGCAAAGAAAGCGGCAGCACCACCACCGGCAUUAUUGUCAGCAAAUCCUAUCAAGGCAGGGAAAAAACCGCCGCUGAAGAAGAAGGAACACAACAACGGCGUGAGAAUCAACCCAGUUUUGAACGUGCCACCACCUUACAUUUCUAGAGGGAGAAGCAGUCUGUUCAGUUUUGGUUAUUUCCUCUGCAGAAAGGAGAAGAACCGGAAGGCUUUUUGACAACCGUUGAACAGAAACCCAUUUUUCUUUUCUUCCUCUUUUGGUGGGUAUUUCUGGAUUUCGUCAAUGCUUCUGCAGAGUGUGAAACCUGAGAAGGAUGAAGAUGUAAAUGAGUUUUAGGAUGCCUCACGUUGUGCAGACAUAAAAAGCUGACUGAUGCUUUCGAUUCCUGAUCCAUCAAACUGCGAGAAGCACAAAUAUGAGUUGCUCAUCUCAUCCUGGUACGCUAGAUGAACAUGUUGGUGCACCAUCUAGCAACUAACACAUUUGUGUUGAUGACGAUGGUAGUGAUGAUGAUGAAGAUAACCAUGCCGCCUGUUGCGAUGGUAGCAAAGGCAGUCUUGCAGGGCCGAUAAUGGAGAACGGUGGAUUAUUACUUACAGAGGACGUCAUCGGCAGAUUGAGGCUAAAUUAUAUUGAUUGAUUCCUGACAUGUCCUUCUGUGUCAUAUAUAACUAUCAUUUUCCGGUAAAACGCCUGUUGAAGGAUAUGCCCUCGACCUUAUUAACAGAAAAUUUAUGUGAUUAGCAUGUUUCAAAGUACCUUGAUUCUGCUUGAUAUUUGCAGAAGCAAACAUAAUGAGGAUAGUUUGUAGUCAUUAGUUUUAAGCUUUUAGCAGUAUCAAACUUUUGUCUGAGGUUGCUGAUCGAAAUAUUUUCUGCACCAUUUCCAUUUUCUUAAAUUUUUAUGUAUGGCAAUGUACAAGAUUUUCCUGAGAAGAGCUAAUUUCGAAAGGUUUUUAAGA